CGCUGCACGGAGCACGUAUAAUUAGAGCUGUGGCCGUUGUUCGCAAUUAAGAAACGGCGGAAAGGCGAGGCUCUAUAGCAGGGCAGGGACACAAGACAUCGACUGAUUGAUUACCUGAGGGAUUAUCCACCACACCUCGUCGACGUACCCUUGGCGGCCUCCUCCUAAAUCCCUACCGUCGAAGCCGCCGACAGGCUGGCCUUCGCCGAUUUUUUUCGUCGGAUAUCACACUAAAAACCCUAGAUCGAAUUAAUUACUGUCUCCCUGCUGUCCUCGCACGACAAUCGCUGCAGAAAUCUUCCAUAACCUAGGAUGUUUUUCCAUAUAGGCGCCUGAAGAUCCUCUUAGCGGCUUUUGGGAUUUAGGGAGAUGAGCCGGCGAGUGAGGAGGCGAGGCUCGCAGUCAAAAGACAAAGAUAAGGUCAUUAUAUCCUCUCCGGUGUACCCGGAGACGGCGGAGGAGUACGAUAUAUGCCGUCCCGGUGGUGAAAUUGCAGGUGGUCACGACGUGGAGUGGACUCGCCUCCCCGAUGACACCGUGGUUCAGCUCUUCUCUUGCCUCAGUUACCGAGACCGAGCCUGCCUCUCUUCUACCUGCCGCACCUGGCGCCUCCUUGGUUCCUCUCCAUGCCUUUGGAAUUCUCUUGACCUCCGCGCUCAUCGCUGCGACGCGGAUACCGCGACCGCACUAGCCUCGCGCUGCGCUAGCCUCCGCCGUCUACGAUUCCGGGGAUCGGAGUCGGCUGCUGCCAUUAUAAACCUUCACGCUCGUGACUUAAGAGAGAUCGCCGGAGAUUACUGCCGUGACAUCACUGACGCGACGCUAUCAGUGAUUGCUGCUCGACAUGAGGCGCUUGAAAGCCUCCAGAUUGGCCCUGAUCCUUGUGAAAAGAUUAGCAGUGAUGCAAUCCGGCAUGUGGCCAUGUGUUGCUCGAGAUUGAGAAGGUUGCGCCUUUCGGGCAUCCGAGAGAUUGAUGGCCUCGCCAUUGGCGCCUUGGCGAGGCAUUGCUCCCGGCUGGAGGAGAUUGCAUUUCUUGAUUGUGGGAACAUUGAUGAGACCGCCCUUGGCAAGGUAGAAUGCCUAAAGUUUUUGUCAGUUGCAGGUUCCCGGAGUUUGAAGUGGGCAUCAGCUGUCACUUACUGGAGCAAGCUACCAAACCUUGUUGGAUUGGAUGUUUCUAGGACUGAUAUUCCUCCGAGUGCUCUAUUUAGAAUUCUCUCUUCUUCUAAGAAUUUGAAGGUUUUGUGCGCUCUCAACUGUUUGGCAUUAGAAGAGGAAGCCAAUCAUAACCCGCUGGGCUCUAGCCAUGCCAAGGGCAAGAUACUUCUCACCCUCUUCACUGACAUUUCCAAGAGGAUUACUUCUUUAUUCUCUAGCUCUGUAGGAAAGGAAACUGAGAUCUCUUGGAAUUGGAGUUCUCAGGGAAACAAUGACAAGAGCCUGAAUGAAAUCAUAAGCUGGGUCGAGUGGAUACUGUCACAGUCAUUGCUUCGCAUAGCAGAGAUGAAUCCAGUUGGCAUGGAUGAUUUUUGGUUGAGGCAAGGUGCUUCAUUGCUGUUGAGUUUGGUGAAGAGUUCUCAGGAGGAUGUGCAAGAGAGAGCAGCAGCUGGGCUUGCUACAUUUGUGGUGAUUGAUGAUGAGAAUGCAACAGUGGAUCCAUCAAGGGCAGAGGCAGUCAUGAAAAAUGGGGGCAUUCCGUUGCUUUUGGAACUUGCUAGAUCAUGCAGGGAAGGUGUACAGUCUGAAGCUGCAAAGGCGAUUGCUAACUUGUCAGUUAAUGCUAAAGUUGCAAAAGCAGUUGCUGACGAAGGUGGUAUCAGUAUACUCGCUGUCCUAGCAAGGUCCACAAAUAGGCUGGUUGCAGAAGAGGCUGCUGGAGGGCUUUGGAAUCUUUCGGUUGGAGAAGAGCACAAGACUGCCAUUGCUGAAGCUGGUGGUGUUAAAGCUCUGGUAGAUCUCAUCUUCAAAUGGCCAACUGGGAUAGAUGGAGUCCUUGAGCGAGCUGCUGGUGCACUUGCAAAUCUAGCUGCGGAUGACCAGUGUAGCAUGGAGGUGGCAAUGGCAGGUGGUGUGCAUGCUUUGGUGAUGCUGGCAAGAUCUUGCAGGGUUGAAGGAGUGCAAGAACAGGCUGCCCGAGCCUUAGCUAAUUUGGCUGCUCAUGGGGAUAGCAAUAGCAACAAUGCUGCAGUCGGUCAAGAGGCAGGUGCUCUCGAUGCACUAGUGCAACUGACUUGUUCUCCUAACGAAGGUGUUAGGCAAGAAGCUGCUGGUGCUCUGUGGAACUUAUCUUUUGAUGAUAGAAAUCGAGAGGCAAUUGCUGCGGCUGGGGGUGUUGAAGCGCUGGUUACUCUUGCAAAUGCUUGUGCAAAUGCCUCUCAUGGCCUACAAGAGAGGGCUGCUGGAGCUUUGUGGGGAUUGUCGGUGUCAGAAGCAAAUAGUGUUGCAAUUGGACGAGAAGGUGGUGUUGCACCUCUUAUUGCUUUGGCACGCUCCGAAGCUGAAGAUGUUCACGAAACAGCUGCUGGAGCACUUUGGAAUCUUGCCUUUUAUCCUGGCAAUGCACUUCGUAUAAUUGAAGAGGGGGGUGUCCCCGCUCUUGUACACCUUUGUUCAUCAUCAGGGUCCAAAAUGGCUCGUUUCAUGGCUGCACUAGCUCUUGCUUAUAUGUUUGAUGGAAGGAUGGAUGAGUUUGCAUUGAUUGGUUCUUCUUCAGAAGGUACUUCAAAGAGUGUUAGCUUUGAAGGUGCCAGGAAGAUGGCGUUAAAGCAUAUAGAAGCCUUUGUUCUUUCAUUUUCAGAUCAUCAGCUUUUCUCCAUGGCUGCUGCAUCCUCUGCAACAACAGCUUUGGCACAAGUUCUUGAAGUGACUCGCAUACAAGAAGCAGGACAUCUAAGAUGCAGUGGUGCUGAGAUUGGACGAUUUGUAGCAAUGCUUCGUAAUUCUUCUAGCAUACUUAGAGCCUGUGCUGCUUUUGCUCUAGUGCAGUUUACUAUUCCUGGUGGAAGGCAUGCAAUGCACCAUGCUAGUCUCCUGCAGAAAGCUGGGGUGACUAGAGCGUUGCGAGGGGCAGCUGCAUCAGCAUCAGCUCCAAUAGAAGCCAAGGUUUUUGCAAGGAUAGUUCUUAGAAAUCUUGAACACCAUCAGUUAGAAGCUUCCGUGUAGUUGUUUCACAGUUAUCCGCAUGGACUUGAACAUUUCAAGGUCAGAACUUGAACAUUUCGAGGUCUGAAGUUGGAUAGAAGCAAGUAUGCCUCAACAGAUGCAGUUACUGCCAAUUUCCGAAGAUACUGCAAGGUUCUUGAUGAAUUGCAAAUAAUAUGGAACUCUGGCCUGCAAUAUCAUGUUUAUUAGAUAUUUUGUCUGGUUUGGCUUCCUGUAAUCAUGAUUUGGUAAGUAUGAUGUUACUAUUGUUUUUUUUUUUUUCCUUAUUUUGAUUUAUCAUGUAAAAGGUGCUGGAUGUUCUUAGGUAGAAGACCAGUAUCUCAGUUUUGCACUAUAUUAUUUUUUUAGUGAAUGUAAAAGAGAUUAGAAGAAAUUUUUGCAUAAACUUUUUAUUUGUUCUACA